UUUGGACAAAUAAGAUAUGUACGAACAAUAUGUUGGAUACAAAACCAACAAUGAACAAUAACUGAAAUAAAAUAAAAAAACAAAUCAAUAUUAUUUAAAUGGUGAUGUCAUAUUUGUAGAGUACUUUGAGUAUAUCAACGCAUCACCUAGCGCCUACGAUACAUGUGUCUACACAACACUCACACAUCAUGAUGAAGUCACUUCUUCGAUAUUAUAUACUACGAUGUCUUUGGACUCUUCUCCUUACCAUUCAUGUAUGUAGAGCAGACCUAAGAAGUAGUUACUCAAAACUACAUUAUGGACGAAAACUGGAAAAAAGGAUGAUAACGUCGUAUGAUAAAUACAGUAUUCUAGAUUGUGUAGAGGAUUGUCUGAGAACAACACGAUGUCGGUCCAUUAACUAUUACCAAGGAGCCCACUUCUGUCAGACCAACUUUAAGAGCAGUACAGAUGUACCUGAACACUACAUAGAGAAGCCUGGCUGGAUAUAUACCGACAUCAGAGACUGGGACAAGGAGAUUGCAGGAGCCUGUUCCCGGUCCAGCUGUGAUAUUAACGAAAAGUGCGUUCCAAAACCUUUUGAUGAUUUUGACUGUGUCCUUUCAGAUUGUGGUAUCCCUGAAGGUCCAGAAUAUUCGCUCGACAAAGUAGAAGAAUGGGACGGUAUCGGAAUAACAAGAGGAAUCCACUUAGCAUGCUCUCCAAGGUACACACAGCAUGGUUCUGGAUUCUUUUUAUGUAGAUCUGACGGAUCCUGGAGAAAGAAUCUGAGAUGCAUCUUAAAAAGAAACGAAAGAAAGUGUGAAGGCAACAUCAUGAAUUUAACCUGCCCAAGUGGAAACAUCUUUAUUGAAAAAGCGAUGUUUGGAAGAACAGAAGGCAAUAUAGUAUGUAACCAUUCACAAAUUCUCACAACGGAUUGCAAAUCUCCGGAUUCGGAGGUAAAAGUUAAAGAAAUAUGUGAGGGUAAACCACAAUGCAGAGUUGCAGUAAUCAGUACAACAUUCAGCGAAGAUCCUUGUCGUGGCACCUAUAAGUACCUGGAUGUGGAUUUUAUAUGUUAUUAA